UUUCCUAUCAGUGUUCAGUAGAGAGCACAGAGGGUGCGUGUGUGGGGAUGGAGAGCCCCAUUGCAUUCCCUUAAUUUGCAAGAACGGUGGAUUUAGGGUUUGGAGGGAUUGCAUUUUCUCAGGGAGUGGGAUCAGGUUGCUUUGUUUUUCAAUUCUUGCCUCUUUGCAAUGGGCAAAUCACCAGGCAAAUGGAUCAAAACCCUUCUCCAUGGGAAGAAACCAUCCAAACCUAGUUUUUCUAAAGGAAGAGAGAAACUAGGAAAUGAGACAGUGGUGUUGGUUGCUGCUGAGGCACCAGAAGCUGAUCAGGGUUUGAAUCCUCCCAUGGCUUCGGAUUUAGCUAUGAACACCAUUGACGGAAAUGAAGAGAAGUUGGAAGAAAACAGAACAACUGCAAAUUUACCUUUUGAAGGGGAGAUAUUAUUGUGGAAUCAAGAUGCAGAUACACAAGAACAACUAGAUGCUCUGGAAGAUCCUGAAAGAAUCAGAAAAGAGAGAGCUGCUACAACUGUUCAGGCUGCUUUUAGGGAAUUUUUGGCUCGUCGAGCGUUUCGGGCCCUCAAAGGCAUAAUAAGGUUGCAGGCGCUUGUUCGCGGGCACUUGGUGAGGAGGCAAGCUGUUUCUACUCUACACUGUAUGUUGGGAAUUGUGAAGUUACAGGCCCUUGCUCGUGGUAGAAAAAUAAGGCAUUCUGAUAUCGGCCUUGAAGUGCAAAGAAAGUGCAUUCUAAUGGAGCCUAUGGAAAGCAAGCUUGUGGAUCCUGUUGCAGUCAGUACAUCUGCACAGAUAGCAAAGCUGUCAGAAAAUGCUCUUAUUUGUAAGCUUAUUGCUUCAUCACCUACUGUGAUGCCCCUGCAAAUCCAAUAUGAUUCAGCAGAACCAAAUUCACUCUUGAACUGGCUAGAGUGCUGGUCAGCAUCCCUCUUCUGGAAACCAGUUCCCCAACCAAAGAAAGUUACUGGCUCAAAAUCCCAGAAGCAGCAUAACUCUCAAACUGUAAGCACUGAAAAAGGAAGGAUGAAGCAUAGCAUCCCGAGGAUCCCUGCUACGAACAAUGACAAUGUAUCAACACAAUCAACCACUGAAUUUGUGAAAUCAAGGCGCACCCUGAGGAAAGUCUCAAGCCAUCCAGAUUCAGUGCAGGAACAUCCACACAAUGAGCUUGAGAAGGCUAAACGUAAUCUAAGGAGGGUUCACACCCCUGUAAUGGAGGGCAAUGUUCAGGCUGAAGAAGACAGUAAGAAGUCAAAGGACAACAAGGAUAAGGCUUUGAGCUCUUCAGGUCAAGUUGUUUCAGACCAGUGCUUGAGUGGUUCUGCUGAGAAGAUGGAAAUAGAGACAACUGUGGUCGUGCCCAAAUCACCCGAUUUAGAAACAAAAACGGAAUUGCCAAUAAUGAAUGAGGCGAGUGGUUUGCUGUGUGAUGAUCAAACUGCAGUUCGAUCAGAGCCGCUAGAAAACAGAGUAGAAUACGAGACUGUUCCUGAGACAGAUGGCGGUUUAAACUCCAGGGAAGAUUUUACUGACAAUGAGAACCAGAAAUACAGCAGAAAAACUUCUGUUUCAGCAAAGCAAGAACGUUCAGACAAUGGGGUACGGAGCAGGUCAAUGGUGCCAAGUUAUAUGGCAGCAACCAAAUCCGCAAAGGCAAAACUGAGAGGGCAAGGCUCCCCAAUGCUCAGUCAAGAUGAGGCUGAGAAGCAUAAUAUCAGGCGUCAUUCUCUCUCCUCUUCAAUUAACGGCAAAAAGAAUUCACCAUCACCAAGGGUACAAAGACCAGUUCAAGCAAGUGGAAAAGGGGGAAAUGUAAAUGUGAAGUUGAUCCAAGCAGAAUGGCGACGAUGAUUUUGAGACCGAGAUUCGUUGUUGAAAAGGAGAAUAAAUCCAUCAUUGCUAUCCAGUUUGCCUUUGUGGUGUGUGAUAAUAUUGUUUAAACUGAAACUUGUACUUGUGAUGAUACGUGUGUGGUGCUCCAAGAGCCAUUCCUGGUUUUCCAAUUGUAUUUGAGGUGUUUCUAAAGUGAGUGUGUAUAUCAUAGGCUUCGGCAUUGCCCUAAACUGCAAAUUGAAUUAGUUCCACAGUUGGUUGUUGCUAACAUGACUUGAGGCUUUUUGUGCAAUCUAUAUGUAUAUAAAAUACAUUUGCCCUUCUUAUUAAGUUGUUGAACUUGUUGACAUGAAUUAUUAUGCAAGUUGAUUGAUUAUUGAGAUUA